UAUAAAUUAAAGGCUGUCCUGAUGAACUGAGCAGCGUCCUAAAGCGCGUUACGAUUUAAUUUAUUUUAAUUAUUUACUAUUCUUGUGUGCAAUUGUCUUUGCAACUCUGAGUAGGAUAUUUUUUCUUGAAAAAUGUUAAAAUCAAUUGAGCUGCAAGCAUGAGUGGUCGCGUCCUCUGCUUGCAGAGGUCGGAAAACCAAUUUAUAUGUUGAAUGUUUUUUAGAAGAUAUUUUGCAUAAAUCUUUAUUUUGUAAUAUAAAAAUAUAAAAAAAUGAGUAGCAACGAAGAACAUCUGCAUCUAUAUGAAGUAUUUCAGAACUGUUUCAAUAAAAUAGCUUAUAGACGAGAUAGUAACAGAGAUAUACCAUAUGAUGUAUUGUAUGAUACAGAAUGUGAUAAAGGAUUACCACAAGAUAUUUUACCUGAUACUCAUGCCAUGAGAAAUUUGGACAUUUCUUCAGUUGGAGGGAACACAGAGAAUCAUACUGAGCAUUGGCCUCUAGGAUGUAAUGUCUAUGAUGGCAAUGAAGAUGAUGGCCCUAAUAGUUAUGUCUCUGAAAACUAUGAAAGAACUACCCCUCCUUAUUCUGUGUCCAAAUCUGUGGCAGCAUAUGGAGAUGCUUAUUACCUUAAUGGUCAACUGGAUCUCCACCACAACAUACCUAUUGCAGCAAAUUGCCAAAUGACAAAAAAUGUUCCGGACACUUGGUCUUCCAGUAACACAAGUCUCAACUCACCUAAUUAUAAUUUCCAAAAUACGAUGAUGCCAAACCCACCUGUUCUUAAUCAUGCUACUCAAGGAUUUCCUUCUCCCUAUUUGCCAUCAGAUCUGACUUUGAAAGCAGACCAAACUAACAGCAGCUUUUCAUCGACUCCAUCAACACCCAUAAGUUCACCUCCUCCAUUAACUUCUGCUGUACAAAACUGGCCUCGUGGAACUAACCAGUUUAGUAGUCAGCCAACAUCGUACACUGAGCUAACCAGUACUGUUAAUCCCGGUGGAAUAACUGAAGAACGAUUGGACGAUGCCAUCAAUGUUUUGCGGAAUCAUGCUGAAGGUCCUUCCUUACUUCAGAUGCAAAAUGCUGUGCCUGUAGGAACCCCUCCUACAAAUGUGAAUUCUCUACAUUCCAGCUUAGUCCAGAAAAGUUUACCACCUGCCUUAGAAUCUUUUCCAGUGACAUUACCUGUCAUGCCAACGCAAAAUGGAGUUUUGGAGAACAAAAGAACAAUCAUGGGAGUUCCAAACCAGACAGUGCCAACACCACAGAGCUUUGGUAAAGUCCCUAUUAGUACUUGUGAAUCUGUAAAGCUGGAAGGUUUGUCGGAUGCUAAGGAUCUGUCAUGUCUGCAAGGUCAUGAACAGAUCUCUGUUCUGUCGCCUGAACCCAUAGUCAGUUCUGUUACUCCAUCCAUGAGUACUGCUACUACCACUGCAAGGAAAUCUGCUGCUGCAAGAAGUGGUAAAAGAGCUAGGUCAAGGUCUAUUGGUGAAGAUGAUGAUGAACCCCCUGAAGUAAAAGCAGAACGGGAAAGAGAGCGAAGACAUGCCAAUAAUGCACGCGAGCGAAUCCGUGUACGCGACAUUAAUGAAGCAUUUAAGGAACUUGGCAGGAUGUGUAUGAUGCAUUUAAAGACUGAAAGAGCCAUGACAAAGUUGAAUAUCCUAUACCAAGCUGUGGAGGUUAUUUCAACUUUGGAAAAUCAAGUGAGAGAGAGGAACUUGAAUCCUAAGGUUGCUUGCCUUAAACGGAGGGAGGAUGAAAAGAAUGAAGAAAUGCCGAAGGGAUCACUUUCUAACCCUGGUAUACAGCACCUAAUAGAUCCCUUUCCUCAGAUGAUGCCUCAUCCUUCUUCUCAAUCGAUAAAUCAACAUAAUCUUCCUGUGUCUCAGCCUUGAUUCCGGGCUCCAUGGAUUUCCAGUCGCAGGCAUUAUAAUGAAAUGUCCAGUUUUUAAAAUGUUAAACCAAAGAAUACUUAAAAUGUUAUGACAAUGUGCCACCAGAGUUCGUAAAUAUAUAGCAGGCAACUGCAUCCAACUAAUUAAAACUGUUUUUUUAUGACAUCAACAAAAGUGCUAUUGAACUCUGGACAAGAAGAUAGAGAUUAUUAAAGACAAUGAUAAGCAAAUUUUGGAUCUGUGAAGGAAGAAUGUUUACUGUUCUUUGAAGGCAUUUUCAUGGAAAUAUUAUUCUUGCACAACUUUCCUGUAUUUUUAUUCUUAAAUCUUAAAUGUAGAAUUUUGCUAAUGAAUUUUAAGUACAGACAUCAUUCUUGUAUUCCAAAUCCAGUAAGUGUUUUAUUUGUAUGACUUAUAUCUGGAUUUACUAUGAGAUGUUUAUUGUGUUGAUUUUUAAAAACUGGUUAUUAGCUUUAAAUAUGUAUUUUUUUCACACCGUAUAUAUAUAUUUUUUACUAAAUGCUCUGGCAGGAUAGGUUUAAAAAAUAAUUGAAAGGUUAUAGAUACUGACGAAAUAACUAUUGUAUUCCCACCCUUGACAUUUGUAACAUGUGAUAAACUAUAUAAGAUCAUAAUUUUGAUAGUCUUUUAAAGUUACAUUAUACUUUGUUGCUAGUGCCUAUAGUGCAUAUUAUAUCUAUGCAAUGGGAACUUUCUAAAAACAGAUAUGCUGGCAAUUUUUUGCAACUUUUCAUUGCAUAGCUGUUUUUACAAUUGCAUUCAAAAUCUAAAUGUCAGUGACAAUUUUGAUUUAUUUUACCUUUUAGAAAUUUUGUGCGAAAUCAUGUGUGCCUAUCUUAUUCUGCCAGUUUAGAAUUAAAUAAAUCAUUAUUUUUUUGAUAGAUGGAAAAUUUUUAACCUUUUUUUUUUUUUCAUGUAAUUUAAAUUAAGUAAUUAUUAGACGUUAGGUGCUCAAAAUAAUUUUAUUAUGACUUAUGACAUUUAAUCUAUUAGAAUAUGGAUGAAUUAAGAUUUAAUACUCAUUUGAAAGUGUUGAAUGUAUAAUAAUUAAGGUUUUGUUUCCUUCUUUUGGCAUGAUAAUACAAUAAAUAACAUGUAAAAUCAUUCAUUCCUUAUAUGACAUCAGUAUUAGCUGAAAAAAUGUGAAUAUUGCAUAAAUUAAGAAUGAGAAUAUUUAACAAUUAAUCUUAAAGAAUGUAUUAAUAAGUAGGGUUUUUUUAAAAAAAUCUAUUAUGAGUUUUAUAUUUAUGGAGAAAAAGUUAUUUUAUAACUUGUAUAAUAUAUGAAAAGUUAAUUGUCUAACUGCCAAUAUGAAGAGGUUUACAUUAUUGUUAUUGGUUUUGAAGUAUUAAUUUAAGUGCUUAAAAAAUGAUCAAGAUUUCCUUUUUUAAAAGGAAAUUAAAGAAAAUAUUCACAGUAUUAAUAUUAUUAAAUUUAAGUGUAUUGGAAGAAUUUUAAUUCAUCAUUGAAUAUUUUUUUUAAACCCAGAGUCUUCAUUGAAUAGUAUACACGAACCAUUAUAAAUGCCAUGCAAAUAUUCUCUUGAUCAGCAAUUUGAAGAGAAUCAAAGUCUGUGUGAUAUUAUAUUUAUUAAAAUAUUAUAUUUAAAUAAAAUAGUGUUUAGAUGUGGCAUUUAAAAAUCACAAUUUCAAGCCAUAACUUCUUAAGAUCAUCAAAUCUCUCUGUCUUUAGGAUAAAAAAAAAAUUUAAAAAUUAUUUAAAAAGCUUUGUUAUUUUUUUACUUCUAAAAUUUUCAAUGAAGUGUUUAAUGGGAAAGGUUUUAAUAAAUUUGGUACUUUUAUUUGAAUAUUUUUUCCCCUUGUGUUUUUAGCUAUCAUAAUAUUUAUGAUAGUGAUCUGUUGUAUUUGAAUUUAUUACUGUCUAUUUAUUUUUUACUUAACUUUGUAAUAAUUUAACUCCUUUAUGAAUUGUAAAAUUAGUUUGGAUUAUAUUUUCUUUUUUUUUCUUGUAACUUUGAAUAUUUUUUUCUGGUCUAAAAUGAACAUUAUUUGCAUUUAUCCAUUGUAUCUAUUAACAUCAGUUAAAUAUCAAGAUGUGCUUUAAUUAUAUCUAGCAUGUAUAUAACAUAAAUCGUAUAAGACGUGCAUUUUUUUCACUAUUAUAUCAUGUAAACAGUAAAAUUGUUCUGCAAUGUUAAAUGCUUAUUUUAUGAUAUUUUUGUAAUGUCUUUUUACCGUGUUUUAUCAUAUAGAUCAGUCUGUAUAGGCUUAUCGAGGAAUAUCUUUGGAUAUUGGAGGCUAUUAUGAAUUAUGACUUCAAAAUUUCUUUUUGUAAUUUUUAAGGAAUAUUUUAGCUAUUUUUUGAAGUUGUUGAAUUUUAUUGAUUCAUGUUGUUAAAACGGGUGUUUAAAUUUUGCAUUUUCCUCCCUUUAGUGAAAAAGAGUAGUAGGAGUGAAAAGUUAGUAGGGAUUUCACCCCCCCCCCCCCCCUCCCUUUUUUUAGAAAAAUUUUUCUCUUAAGGAUUAAAAACAUUUUUUAAUCUUCAUUCUUUCGAUUAUUAAUUAAAAUUUUAAAUUGAAUUUUUAAUUUCAUUUAAAUACUUAACAAAUUAUUCAUGAAUAGUCCCCAAUACUCGAAGAUUAUUCUAGACUAUUGCAACUAAGUGAAGUAUAUGGGCAGUGGGCAAGUUUCUGUUAAGUGCCCUCAUGCUGCCAAGCGUCUUAGUGCCAGACGUAUUCGGUACUCUAGAUUUACAGCUAGUUUCAUUAAUCACAGAUUGGGUAAUUAUGUGCCCAAAGUUUGAAUUACCCACUGUGCAUACUCUUGAAAAAUAAAAGUGCCAUUUUUAUAAAAAAA